AUGGCUGACGGCGUGGUGAACGGCCAGCGGGUCGAGGCCCCCGUCACCGUCAAGGCCUACUUGAUGUGUGCCUUUGCUGCCUUUGGUGGUAUCUUCUUCGGCUUUGAUUCCGGUUACAUCAGUGGUGUCAUGGGUAUGCGCUACUUUAUCGAAACAUUCGAGGGUCUGGAUUAUGAUACUACUCCCACCGAUGACUUCGUUAUUCCCUCCUGGAAGAAAUCUCUGAUCACUUCGAUUCUCUCUGCCGGAACCUUCUUUGGUGCUCUCAUCGCCGGUGACUUGUCCGACUGGCUGGGUCGUCGCUUCACCAUCAUUAGCGGCUGUGGGAUCUUCAUCAUCGGUGUCAUCCUCCAGGUUGCUUCCAGCUCUGUCGCUCUGCUGGUGGUGGGCCGUCUCAUCGCUGGUUUCGGUGUUGGUUUUGUGUCCGCCAUCAUCAUUCUGUACAUGUCCGAGAUCGCCCCCCGCAAGGUGCGCGGUGCUAUCGUGUCGGGUUACCAGUUCUGUAUCACAAUUGGUCUCAUGCUGGCGUCGUGUGUCGACUACGGUACGGAGAACCGCACCGACUCCGGCUCUUACCGCAUUCCCAUCGGUCUUCAGAUUGCCUGGGCUUUGAUUCUGGCGACUGGUCUGUUUUUCUUGCCCGAGUCGCCUCGUUACUUUGUCAAGAAGGGCAAUCUUCACAAGGCUGCUGAAGUCUUGGCUCGUGUCCGUGGCCAGGCUCAGGACUCUGACUACAUUCGGGAGGAGUUGGCCGAGAUUGUCGCCAACCACGAGUACGAGAUGCAAGUCAUUCCGCAGAGCGGUUACUUCGGCAGCUGGGCCAACUGCUUCCGUGGCAGUCUCUGGUCUCCUAACAGCAACCUCCGCCGGACUAUUCUGGGUACCUCCCUACAAAUGAUGCAACAGUGGACUGGUGUCAACUUCGUCUUCUACUUCGGAACGACCUUCUUCCAGUCGCUCGGAACCAUCAGCAACCCCUUCCUGAUCAGCAUGAUUACGACUAUUGUCAACGUCUGCUCGACCCCUAUUGCCUUCUAUACCAUCGAACGCAUCGGUCGUCGUCCCCUUCUUCUGUGGGGUGCGCUGGGCAUGGUCAUUUGCCAGUUCAUCGUCGCCAUUGUUGGUGUCACCGAUGGGGGCAACAAGUCGGCCGUCAGUGCUGAGAUCUCGUUCAUCUGUAUCUACAUCUUCUUCUUUGCCUCGACCUGGGGACCUGGUGCUUGGGUCGUGAUCGGCGAGAUCUUCCCUCUGCCCAUUCGUUCGCGUGGUGUGGCUCUGUCGACCGCCUCCAACUGGCUGUGGAACUGCAUCAUCGCCGUCAUCACUCCCUACAUGGUCGACAAGGACAAGGGUGACCUUGGCGCCAAGGUGUUCUUCAUCUGGGGCUCCCUGUGCGCUUGUGCCUUUGUCUACACCUACUUCCUGAUUCCCGAGACCAAGGGUCUCACCCUGGAGCAGGUUGACAAGAUGAUGGAGGAGACCACUCCUCGUACCUCUGCCGGCUGGAAGCCUCACGGCACUUUCGCUGCUGAGAUGGGUAUCACCGACAAAACUGUCGCCGAGAAGGCUGAGGCUGAGGUGAUUCACCACGAGGUUUGA